AUGGCUGCGGCAACAGCCAUGCCAGUCGUUGAGGAAUCUCGGGGUGAUAUGGCUCCGGCCUUGAAGCCGCUGUCUUUCAAGGCAUCUGAGCUUCCACUAUCGUCGGCCGUUCGGUCUGCGAUCGAGACGCUGGCACAUGGGUUCAAGAAGAAGGGUGGAUACGACGAGAUUCGGAAGCAGGUCUGGGAUAAGUUCGAGGCGAGCGAUUACGAGGCACAAGUUACGAAAUCCAUUCUAGAGGUUGCGGAGCAGGAAGUCGAACGGAAUGCACAUCAGCUCCUGACGCUUGAUCGGGGCAAGGCUGCUGCCCUAAUCGAUGGAGCUCUUGAUCGCAGCGGUGUUUAUCAGAAGGCCGAGGCCGUUAUUGAGAGCCUGAUCGACUUCAAGGCAAUAGAGAACAACAUUCGCGAGUUGAGGCGGGCCGAGAUUGGCGAAGAAGCAGCCCUUGCUGAACAGGAGCGCGGUUCAAAGACCGACAUUGCUUACGCUGCAGAUCGAGCUGCUAGGCAGGCCGAGCGCGAGAAGGUUAGGGACGAACUUCGGAAGGUGGAAGAGAUGAAACGGAAGCUUGAGCGGGACAUUCGUGAAAAAGAGGAGCGAGCCGCUAGGGAGGCACGAGAAAAGGAGCGUGAGGCGAAGCGCAAGGAGCGCGAGAAAGAGAGGGAACGAGAUCGCAGCAAGGACAGGCGCGAGAGGCGACGUGAAAGUCGAGACAGGUCACGGCGCGGAAGUAGAGACCGUGACCGUUCGCGCUCGCGCCGCCGGGAUCGUUCACGAAGGCGUGACAAAAGCAGGGAUGGGGUCAGAGACCGCGACCGCGACAGGCAUCGUGACUCUGACAGGAGAAAGAGCACGAGGGAUGACGGUCGGUCCAAGGAGCCAUUGUCUCAGAAAGACCUACAGCGCCUCGAAGAGCAAGCGCUCGCGGAUCUUUUGCGUGAGAGCACCAAGGACACGCCAAAACAGCCAGAGCUUGAGGUUGAUGAAACCCUAGUACCACCACCGCGGAAGAAGGCCAAACCUGGAUCAGCAAUCUUCUCCCGCAGUGAUUCCAACCCGGAUGUCAAGAAUGCGUCGGAGGGCAAGAAGCUGUCAUCAACAGCGACCAUUGUCAAGCCAUUGACACCAAUUCCGAAACCAUCGGCAAAACCUGAGGUCAAGACUAUCAAGGAGAUCAGGAUCAAGACGGUACCCAUGGCCGAGGCCCCAGCUCCGCCUCCACCUCAAGUACCGUCCAAGGUCGAAGCACCUACUGGGGAAACCAAGGACACGACAGCUAAGUCGGGCAAAGAAGAGCCGCCAAGCAAAGACCGCGAGCAGGGUCGACGAGCUAGCAGCAUACAGCGAUCGUCUGAUCGUGACCGGGACCGUGACCGCGCCCGUGACCGUGACCGUGACCGGGAGAGGUCACGAGACAGAAAUACCCGAGAUAGGAGCCGAGCCCGGGAUCAUAGUCGACAAUCUCGGAUUGAUGACCGAAGACGGUCUGAUCGUCGAUCCAGAUCUCCUCGGCCCAGACGUGAUAGUCGCAGCUACAGGGAUCGCAGCAGGUCCCGAAUCAAGACAGAUAGAAGGGAUGAAAGAAGCCGGUCCAGGACCAGGGUGGAUCGUCGUGAUGACCGCAGAGAUCGCAGCCGCUCCAGAAUACGCAGGGAUGAUCGCCGAGAUGAACGGAGGGACGAUCGCAAAGACGACCGACGCGAUAAUAGGCACGACGAUCGACGGGAUCGAAGGGAUCGAAGCCGAUCUAGGGCGCGCUCUCCCAGAAGGGCGCGCAGCAGCUCAAGACGAGCAACAGAACGACGUGGAGCAGACCGGGGAGUUUCCUCAACGAGAUCCACUUGGAGACAGCGCAGCAGAUCUCGGGCGAGGUCGCCUAGACGGGACAGGAGUAGACCCAGGGAUCACUCCAGGGCUGGACGUGGCCGCGACCGAUCCCCUUCUCGACCCAACAAAUCCGAUACGGAGAAGAAACCAACUACAACCUCUUCUGCUGCUGACAAUGAGAAAGAUGUCGCUUCCAAGGAGACGACGAAGGCAAUCCCAACAACAACUUCGAAAGAUCCAAAGCCUUUGGUCCCAGCACAAACCAACACUUCUGGAAGCUCCGAGACGAAGAAGUCGACCUCUGCUUCAAAGGCCGAUGUUGGAAAGCCUCCAGAGAAAGCUGAUGGUGACAAGGAUAAGACGGUAGGCAGAGCUGUCGACGACCGGGAUGCUAGAGGUGAUAGGCGCCAUACCAGGGAUCGCAGCAGAUCACAAAGACGGUCAAGGAGCCGACGCCGCAGCAGAACACCAAUCCGGCGCGACAGAAGCACACGGCGCCGCAGCCGCUCACGUCAAGACGCUCCAUCCACAGCCACGCGACCACCCCACAGUCUCGAUAGGGAAGGGAAAGAGGAAUGGAAGCAGGAGGAAGUACGCAAACGAGAGAAGGAAGCGCGCGCAUACUUGGCAGCACAACGAGAGAACCGAGAUCGACCAGCCUUGGUCUCGGGCUCGGAUGACAGGCGCAGUCCAGGUGACCGCUCACCAGAUGCCAAGCGCACUGUCACGACCAGCACCCGCGAAGAGAUUGACCGUUACGUGCCUGGCGAUCGUCGAUCAAAUAUUGAUCGACAUACCACGGCCGGGCGAGAUCGUAGCCGCAGUCGCGACAGGGACAGAGAUCGAGCCAGAGAUAGAAGUCGCGAGAAGGACAGGCGAAAUGAUAGAGAUCGGCGCGAUGACAGACGGGACGACAGACGUGACGACAGACGUGAGAGACGCCGCAGCCGUUCCCGAAGUCGUAGCCCGCGGAGAGACAGGGAGCGGGAUAGCUAUCGAGACCGAGAUCGUACCUCACGUCGAGAUAGGUCAAGGAGCGCAUCUCUCAGGAGGCGUCGCGAUCGCAGUCGGGAACGAGACAGGGCGAGGGACAGGGACCGCGAUAGGGAGCGGAGUGACCGCCCUUCACGUCGAGACCGAUCAAGGAGUGCGUCUGUUAGAAGGCGUCGCGACCGCAGUCGCAGUCGUAGCCGUCAACGGAGUAGAAGCCGACGUUAG